GGCCUGUGGCUYGGGGUGGCUAUGAGAUCCUGCCCUGAAGAGAAGUACUGGGACUCCUUGCUGAACGGCUGCAUGUCCUGCAAGCCAAUCUGCGCCCAACGGAGACCGAGCACCUGUGCAGCCUUCUGCAAGUCCCUCAGUUGCCUCAAGGAGCAAGGCAAAUAUUACGACCGUCUCCUGAAAGACUGUGUCAGCUGCACCCCCAUCUGCGGACAGCACCCCAAGCAAUGUGAAUACUUCUGUGAGAACAAACUCCGGAGUCGAGUGAACCUUCCACCCCAGCUCAGGAGGCCGCAGACGGGGGGGAUGGAAACCAGGUCAGACAACUCAGGAAGGUACCAGGGAUUGGAACACAGAGGCUCAGAGGCAGGUCCAGUCCUCGUGGGACCCAAGCUGAGCGCCGACCAGCUGGUCCUGAUCUACAGCACGCUGGGGCUCUGCCUCUGCACCAUACUCUGCUGCUUCCUGGUGGCCGUGGGCUGCUUCCUCAAGAGGAGGGGAGGUCGGCUCUCCAGCCAGCCCACAGCAGGGCGGUGCAGAACCCGGAACAAGUCCUCCCACGACCCCGCGAUGGAGGCUGGCAGCUGUGCGGACACGCCGCCCGAGCCGGUGGAGACGUGCAGCUUCUGCUUCCCCGAGCGCAGGGCGCCCACCCAGGAGAGCGCAGGCGCGCUGCGGGCUCCGGAGGCUGCGGACCAGGACAGCGGGGCGCACCACGCCGGAACCGCAGCCCCGCAGCCCUGCGCGCAUGCCACCACCAACGGCGGUUUGGGUGUCGUGUGCGCGCCCGCCCUGGACGGGGUCCCCGGUGAAUGA